AAAACAAUUAAUUAGGACUGAUCUAUAUCCCUAUAAAUAGUCAUAGCAUUAAUCAGUGAAUCACAACUACAGAGCUUCAAAGAUCUUCAAUUCUCUCCCGUUUUACUUUCAAUCACAAUUCAAAAUUAGGGUUUCGUUUUCCUCUUGUUCUUGCGAUUUUUCUCUGUCCUGAAAUAAAACUACAUCAAUGGAAUCUUCAUCAUCAUCAUCCGCUGAAUCAUCCAAGAAGGUGAUCUUGAAAUCGUCCGACAACGCGGAAUUCAUCGUCGACGAGAAUGUUGCACUACAAUGUCAGACAAUCAAGCACAUGAUUGAAGAUGAUUGCGCCGACAACGUGAUUCCUGUGCCGAACGUGACCAGCAAGAUCCUGGUGAAGGUGAUUGAAUACUGUAAGAAACAUGUCGACGCUUCUACUGCUACUGCUGCUGGUGGUGGUGUUGGUGGUGGUGAUGAACUGAAGAAGUGGGAUGCAGAGUUUGUUAAUGUUGAUCAGAAUGUCUUGUUCGAACUUGUGUUGGCUGCUAACUACCUGGACAUCAAGAAUCUGCUGGACUUAACCUGCCAAACUGUCGCUGAUAAGAUCAAAGACAAGACACCGGAGGAAAUCAGGAAGAUCUUCAAUAUCAAGAACGACUUCACCCAGGAAGAGGAGGCCGAGAUUAGGAAGGAGAAUCAGUGGGCCUUUGAAUGAUCGAUCGAUUCCAACUUCAUUGCAGCCGCCUGCCACUACACAGUUAGUUUUGUUAGAAUGUUAGAUAUCAAUCUAGAAUUCAAGAGUCGUUCGUUUGUUAGAUAGUCACUAAUUGAACUUCUUUAAUUGAUUUUUGUUUUUUGAUUGGAGUAAUUUUGUGAUUUUUGUUUUGCUAUUAUUGCUAUUAUUGGCAUCGUUAACUUGGUCUA